UACAUACGAGACGAGCAAAGCAGCAGCACGACGACGCUGCACUGCACCCGGUCUUUGAAAGCUACCACCCAGCGCGCGCGCCGCGACCGACGACGACGACCACCACCACCACCGCAACCGAAAGGCUCUCCUCCUCUCUCCGUCUGCGCUCUCGAUCUUUGCUUCUUGUGUCCGUGACCGCGAGCGUCGACCAUGGCGGAUGGUGGGAGGGAUGGCGUGAUGGAGGUCGCGAAGCACAUGGGGAAGAGCCUCGCCGUGUCCAAGAACGCCGCCGACGACAUGAUGCGCGUGCUGUCGAGGUACGAAGGGGAAGCGCCGGUGUUUCCCCUGUCGUCGUCUCCGGUGGAGGCAGAGGAGGAGGAUGAGGAGGUGUUCGCGGCGGCGGAGGACGUCAUCCGCCGGUGCAACUCCUCCUUGCCGCCGCCUGAGAUGGUUGACUACCUCUACGCCGUCGACGACGCGAUCGCCGCGGCGGAGCUCGGGGGUCAGCUGGCGUCGCGCGCCGAGGAGGCCCUGCAGGCCGCCAUGCCGCGCCUCGAGGAGGAGGUGCGCGCGCUGCUCUGCUCCUCCGUGCGCCGCAUCUCGCUCGACUCGGCCGACGGCCUCGACGACGAGAACGCGACCCCCGACGGGUCCCCGCGACGCGACGCGCUCUCGCCGGACGCGGCCGCCUCCGUCAGCGGCGUCGCGGCGCGCAUGCUGCGCGCCGGGUACGGCCCGGAGCUCGCGCAGGUGUACGUCACCGUCCGCCGCGACGCGCUCGCGGAGUCCGUGGCGCACCUCGGCGUCGAGGCCGUCGCCAUCGAGGAGGUGCUCAAGAUGGAGUGGGGAAUCCUCGACCAGAAGAUUCGGCGCUGGAGCCACGCCAUCAGAGUUGUGGUCAAGACCCUUCUCGCCGGCGAGCGGCGGCUCUGCGACGAGGUGUUCGCCUCCGACGAGGAGCUCGGCCACGAGUGCUUCGCCGACGUCGCCAGGGGCUGCGUCCUGCAGCUCAUCGGCUUCGUGGAAGCAGUCGCGAUGUCCCCCCCGGCGACGGAGAAGCUCUACCGCAUGCUCGGGAUGUACGAGGCGCUCACCGACGUCGAGCCGGAGCUCGACUCCCUCUUCACCGGCGACGCGCGCGACUUCUUCUCCGCCGAGGUCUCAGACGUCGUCGCGCAGCUGAGCAACACCGUCCGCCACACGAUCGACCAGUUCGUCAACGUCAUCCACGACGAGUCUUCCCGGCGAGCGGUGCAAGGCGGAGAGAUCCACCCCAUGACACGCUACGUGCUCAACUACUGCGGCCUCCUCGCCGAGUGCCGCGCCACGCUCGACAUGGUCCUCGCCGACACCAAGGGCAAUAACGACGACAGCGACGACGACGAAGCUCCCGCCGACGGCGCCUCCUCGACGCCGUCGGGGCGGUGCAUGCGCGAGCUGCUCACCCACCUGCUGCGGAAGCUCGACGAGAAGUCCCGCCUCUACGACGACGCCGGGCUGAAGAACAUCUUCCUCAUGAACAACCUCUACUACAUCGUGCAGAAGAUGAUGGAGCUACCGGCGCUCCGGGAGCUCCUCGGCGACGACUGGGUGCGCCGGCACCGCGGGCAGAUCCGGCAGUACGAGACCGGGUACCUCCGGGCGUCGUGGAUGGCCGUGCUGGCGUGCCUCCGCGACGACAGCUCGCCGGCGCACAGCAGGGCGGCGCUCAAGGACAAGGCGAGGAGCUUCAACGCGGCGUUCGAGGAGCUGUACCGGAGCCAGACGGCGUGGAAGGUGACCGACCCGCAGCUCCGGGAGGAGCUCCGGAUCGCCGUGUCGGAGCGCCUCAUCCCGGCGUACCGGUCGUUCGUCGGGCGGUCGAGGACGCUGCUGGAGUCCGGCGGCAGCAGCAGCCGGCACUCGGCGGCGCGGCACAUCAAGUACAGCCUCGAGGAUCUUGAGGACUACAUGCUCGAUUUCUUCGAAGGCGUUCAGAAGUUCGUCAGGUGAUCACAAAUUCAGAGUUUCAGUGAAGCCUUACUCCACUCACGAAUGUUCAGAAGUUCGUCAGGUGAUCACGAAUUCAGAAUUUCAGCAAAACCUUACUCACAAUUGUUCAGAAGUUCGUCAGGUGAUCACACAAAUUCAGAGUUUCAGCGAAACCUUGCUCACAAAUGUUCAGAAGCUCGUCGGGUGAUCACAAAUUCAGAGUUUCAGCGAAACCCACAGGAAUGUUCAGAAAGUUCGUCAGGUGAUCAGAGUUUCAGAUCUUCAGAGAUUCAGAGCAGAGGAGCUCGGCUUGAUUGGUACUAGGGAUCAGUGGCAUAAAACCAUGUAUUGUUACUAUACAUGAUUCUUGCAUAACAUUGCACAUUGGUUAUAAUUCUUGUUAGCUUAUCCCAUCUAGGUUUAUUAUGUUUAAUGUUCAUAUUGUUCAAGAUAAGGUUGUAAAUACUAAAAUUCAGGAGUAUAUACAUGGAGCUCAUACAAUUCUUAGUGGUCAUUGUUUUUUUUUUCUUUUUGGGUGCA